GCUUUCUCCUUCUUUCUGUGUUCUGUGUUCUGUCCAACUGUCCAACAAAGCGUAAAGCGUCUGUAACCCUUCUUCCAUACUCAUUUUUGGACACAGCUAGCUGUUGACGUGUACUGACUGAGUUAAAUUAGUAUUGUUGUUCAAGAGUGAAAAAUGCCUGCUCCACCAAGCUCAACUACAGUUGGAUCUGGAAGUAGAUCUCCAUCCAAAGCCGUAGCCCCCAGGUCAUCAACUGGUGGAACUGUUAGACAAAGGAAAACAGCCCCAACAACAUCUGCUCGAAACCGCAACACUGGCACCAACAGCGGAGGCAUGUGGAGGUUUUACACUGAUGACUCUCCUGGCAUCAAAGUUGGUCCUGUGCCAGUCUUGGUGAUGUCUUUGUUGUUUAUUGCGUCAGUCUUCAUGCUUCACAUCUGGGGAAAAUACACAAGAGGUUAAACAGUCUAAAUGCAUUUCUAUCAUUCCAGCUGCGUCAUGUCAUACGAUUAUUUAUAUCUUGUUUGUAUGUUUAAUAAUUUAUAUUCAUUUAUGUUAUACAUAAAUAAAAGAUAACAUGUUUGUAA